UAAUUAAACUUUCUUAACCCAAAAAAAAACACAUUUCCUUAUUUUACCGCUUCUUCUUCUUCUUCUUCUUCGAUCUCUCUUCUGAAUUCGGAUCUCAUCAUGAUCGGAGCUAAAUCGUUUCUAGGCCUUCCAAUUGCAUCUCCCAAAGGGAUAAUAUCCGACAGCAAUUCAUUGAGUACUAACUCGAGAUCUGUUGGUGUUCUUCGUGCUUGUGUUUCCAUGGAAGGAUCUCAAACCAUGAGUCAUAGCAAAAAUGGAUCUAUCCCUGAACUAAAAUCGGUCAAUGGUCACACAGGACAAAAACAAGGACCAUUGUCUACGGUCGGAAACUCGACGAACAUAAAGUGGCAUGAAUGUCCUGUCGAGAAAGUUGAUAGACAGAGGUUGCUUGACCAGAAAGGAUGUGUGAUUUGGGUCACUGGUCUUAGUGGUUCAGGGAAGAGCACUUUAGCUUGUGCUUUGAACCAGAAGCUGUACCAAAAGGGGAAGCUUUGUUAUAUUCUCGAUGGAGAUAAUGUACGCCACGGCUUAAACCGGGAUCUGAGCUUUAAAGCGGAGGAUCGUGCUGAGAACAUUCGUAGAGUCGGAGAGGUUGCUAAGCUUUUUGCGGAUGCUGGAAUCAUAUGCAUUGCAAGUUUGAUUUCUCCUUAUAGAAGAGACAGGGACGCUUGUCGUACUUUGCUUCCUGAGGGAGAUUUUGUUGAGGUGUUCAUGAAUGUAUCGCUUGAAGUUUGUGAGGCUAGGGAUCCAAAGGGUCUGUACAAGCUUGCACGUGCUGGAAAGAUUAAAGGUUUCACCGGGAUUGAUGACCCUUACGAGCCACCAUUGAACUGUGAGAUUUCUCUAGGAGAAGAAGGAACGGGAACUUCUCCGAUCGAAAUGGCUGAAACAGUCGUUGCAUACUUAGAACACAAGGGUUAUCUCAAGGCAUAAAACACUAUUAGACUGUGGGUUACCUUCAACCGCACAUAUUUGUUAUUCCAUGGUUUUAGUUCUAUUAACCGAGCCAAGAGUACAAAAUUAAUAAAGUUCAUGGCUGUUAUUAUGGAAUCACAAGUUUAAAAGAAUAAAUAUAAUCUAUUAAUUUUUCUGGUC